UUGGAGAAUUGACUGUCAGAAUCUCUUGAUCUGGCGGUCGAGCCCCUUAAAUAGCCUCCCUGCAGUCGCGGUUCUCUAGAUCCUGAGCUUCCAUUUCAUUGCUCAUGGCUACUGUAGGAGAGAAUGUGAAGGCGGAAGAGAACCUGGAGAAGAAGAAUCUGGAGUCGCUAAGGAUGGCCGUCAACAGAGAAGAUCCAGAUGCAAAGGACCAUGAUGAUUUGACGCUUAGAAGAUUUCUGCGUGCACGGGAUCUCAACGUUGACAAGGCUGCUGCAUUGUUCCUCAAGUUCCUAAGAUGGCGCCGGGAGUUCGUCCCAAAGGGUUCCAUUUCAGAGUCUGAAAUAUUAAAUGAGAUUGCCAAGGAAAAGAUGUUUGGACAAGGGUUUGACAAGAAGGGGAGGCCCAUCUCUGUCGUCAUUGGAGCCAGGCACACUUGCUUUAACAGGGACAUAGAUGAAUUCAAACGCUUCUUGGUUUAUGUCAUUGACAAGAUAUGUUCUAGAUUGUCAGGUGGGCAGGAAAAGUUUGUGGUCAUUGGAGAUCUUCAAGGGUGGGGAUAUGCAAAUUGUGAUAUCCGGGCCUAUCUUGCUGCAUUAGAGAUAAUGCAGGAGUACUAUCCAGAAAGGCUUGGGAAAGUGUACCUUGUUCAUGCACCAUAUAUCUUUUGGACUGCAUGGAAGAUGAUCUCCCCCUUCAUUGAUAACAAUACCAAGAAGAAGAUUGUUUUUGUAGAAAACAAACGGUUGAAAGAGACCUUGUUGGAGGACAUAGAUGAAGCUCAACUCCCGGAACCAUAUGGGGGCAAACUGCCCCUUGUUCCCAUCCACCAAUCAUAAGGACUCCCUCUCUCUCUCUCUCUCUCUGUGGAUCACUUGGCUCUACCACCUGGUGGGAACAUUAGAAAUGACAUGAUCUAUCGAGAGGGAACUUUUCGAUUGGCAUCAUAGCACGACACAUUCUCUUCAAUGUCAAUUCUAUUCCCAUUUUCCGUUGGAGGCCUCGGUGGAUUCAUACAGUUGUUCAUUUGUUGCUUGGAUAGCCUUUACUUUUAAAUAAUUAAGUUACUUUUCCUGUUUUGUAUUAUUGUGGCUAAUAUUUUUCUGGUCGUAGUAGCAAGUUAUAAUAUUCCUAUUUUUUUCUCUCUCUUUCUCCCCAGUGGCAAUUCAAGAAACUGUUUUGCUGUUCACUUUAUCGAAAAUGAAUG